UCAGGUGACUGUCUGCAGACAGAACAUGGCUGACCUGUCAGAAGACCAAUGAGGGGACGGCCAAAUUUAGCAUAAUCGAUCUUAUUUUUUUUUACGUCGCUUACAAACACAGUUGACCGUCGUGGACAGCAGCGGAUUGAAGAUGAGCGGUUUGCCAGAGGGAAUGGCAAAUGGCCCAAGCCGGAGUGAACACUUGGAGAAAGAUGCUCAGCUAUGGGAGAGACCCUGGACUCUUGAAGAAAUGCGACAGGGCAGUGCCAACUGGUCUUUGGCAGCUGACUCAGGGCUCUUCCUGUUCCUUCAAGACUUCUCCCACAGAAUGCUGUCAAAGACUCAUGAGAUUGAAAAGCAGUUGGACUGUCUCAUCCGUGACACCAAGGCCACAGACAGCUGUCUACACACUGUCUUCAAUGACUUUCUCAUGCUCUCCAACACACAGUUUAUAGAAAACAGAGUAUAUGAUGAAGAGGUUGAAGAAACUGUACCAAAGGCUGAUGCUUUGGAGAAGCAACCUGAACAGGAGAAGACUCGAGAGCAGAAAGAAGCAGAGUUGAUACCUAAGAUGCAGGAAGCUGUAAAUUAUGGUUUGCGAGUUCUGGAGUCAGCCUUUGAGCAUUUGGACAUCAAAGCGGGAAACUCCGAUUCAGAGGACGAGGAGGUCCCUGACAGAGUGGAGGCCAUCUUAGAGCCCAAGGACCUUUAUGUGGACAGACCACUUCCAUAUCUGAUCGGUUCCCAGGCGUUCAUGGAACAGGAGGAUGUUGGACUUGGUGACCUCUCAAGUGAUGAAAUGUCAGUUGACAGUGAUCGAGACAGCGUGGUCGAGAGUGAAGAUGACAAAGAGGAAGUUCACUCAGAUGAGGAUUUUAAUCCAGAGGAAGACGAAGGUCAAAAUAAUUUUAAGAAGAAGUCAUCCAUGUUGAGUUAUGAGGAUGACGAGGAGGAUGAAGAAGAUGAGGACUCCGACAUAUUUGGAGAAUCGGACAAGGACGAUGAUGACGACGGCGCCAAAAAGAACACUGGCCCAUCAUCCUUUGCUGAUGAGCUGGCAGCACGUAUUAAAGGUGAACCACUUCACAAACAGGAAGGAGAUCGUGCAUCACUGGCAUCUAAGAAGAAAAGUAAAGGCAGAAAAGAAGCAAAGACUUCCAAGUCACAGGCAACUGAAGACGACAGUGAUGACAUGUUUAAACCGCCAAAGAUGGAUGAUGAAGACUUCUCCCCAUUUGGAGGGAAAGGUGGGCUCUUCAGCGGAGGGAGAGGCCUUUUUGACGAUGAUGAUGAGGGUGAUCUUUUCUCCGAGGCACCUAAACCUUUUGUGCCUGAAGAGACAAGAGCGGUGAAUGAAAGCACCAAAGGCACGGCUCAAUCUGCAGAAUCUGGCAAAGCUGGAAAGAAGAUUCCAACAGGUGGUGUUUCAAUAUUCCCAGAUAACAGCCUGUUCAGCUCAGGGAAUGACUCAGAUUCAGUGGCAAGCAAGGAAAAUGGAAUUCCAGUUCCCAAGGCCAAUGCUCCUCCCAAACUGGUUCCUACAGGGACUGCUGUAGUUGGAGGAGGGCUGUUUGAUGACGAUGAAGAGGAGGAUGACUUCUUCAGUGGCAAAGCUGAAAAAGACAACUCAAAACCCAAGAAAGCCGUUGACCUCUUUGAUGAAGAUGAUGAAGAUGGGGACAUAUUCAGUAAUAAGUACAGUCCACCAACUCCAGCUCAGCCCAAGAAGGAGGUUGUGGUAGAACAGGAGAAACCACCUGAGAAGAAGAUGCCGGCUGGGGCGAUCUCCAUGUUUGGUCCUGGAACUAAAAGCUUGCUCAGUGAGGGCCUGAAAAAACGUCGACCUUCUACCAGCGAGGAGUCUGAGAAAUCUGAGGAGAAUGGUCCUGCUCCUGAUGUCAGUAAAGCUGCUGCCAAGCCAAGUCCGAAACCCCAGACCAGAGGCCUCUUCUCUGAUGAUGAAGAUGCACAAGUAUUUCCAACCAUUCCCAGAAGUCAGUCUAAACCAGAACCAACAAGUCAGAGCAAAACCAACAAGGCCCCUCUGUCAUUCUUUGAUGAUGAGGAAGAAGAGGAUCUGUUUGCAUCUGCAUCUAAAUCUAAACCAAAAGCAAGUUCAGCUAAAGCCUCCCCGCUGCAGCCCAGUAAAACCACUUCCAGCUCCCUCUUCAGUGAUGACGAGGACCAGUGGAUAAGUAAUACAACAAAGACGGAGACCACGUCUGGAGGAAUGAAGCCCAGUGUCAGCGCCCCCUCCAGUUUCCCCAGUGCCAAAACAACUCCGAAGAGCAUCCUCUUUGAUGAUGAAGAGGAAGACGAUCUGUUUGCUCCAACACAAGAGUCAAGUCAGAAGAAGACACAGAAAGUUGCACUGCUGUUUGAAGAUGAGGGUGACGAUGAAGAUAAAGGGUCCCUUUUUGGCAUUAAACCUGAUGUCAACACGAACACUGCAUCACCAGCUGCUAAAGUGAGCGCGACACUUGCCAUGGCCUCCGAGUCCUCCUCCCAGUUACAGAAAUCAGAGGAGGUUGCAGUUUCUCCAUCAGAAGCCAAAAACAAAGCUUUGCAGGUGGAGAAACCAGUUGCAAAGACUCCUCAGACACUCUCGGCAUCACCGGCUCCACAAAACACUGAAACUAAAAAGAAACCCGCCGGAGCCGUCAGUCUCUUCGGAGGCAUUGAUGUACUUGAAAAGAAGACAACGACGAGCUUGCUGGAUGAGGAUGAUGAUGAUAACGAUGGUGGCUUCCUGUCCAAGGCCAGCCCGCCACCAAAUGUCAGGGAGGAGAAGAAAGAAAACAAAGUUAUCGCAAAAACUGUGAGUCUGUUUGAAGAUGAGGAUGAAGGUGAAUCUGAGUGGACCGAUCCCAUCUUUACACCAAGUAAACCCACAGGCAGAAACACACAGAAGCCCUCCGAGGAGCAACCACAGGUAAAGAGCACGGGUGUUUUCCAGGACGAGGAGCUGCUGUUCAGUCACACGCAGCAGAAGGACAACGACCCGGAUGUUGACCUCUUUGCCACCUCAGGGAAAGCUGUGAGCCCCAAGCCCAGCUCAGCGAAGGCAGCAGCACAAAGUCUGUUUGCAGAUGAGGAUGAAGAUGACCUCUUCGCCUCCACCAGGCCAAAAGCUCCUCCGCCGAAGGUGGCAGAGAAGCCCAUUAAACCUGCUGACACUGCGCCACUAGCAAAUCCAGAAUCUGUUUCAGAGAUACAGAAGCCUGCACCAUGCCCUGUAAAACCUAAAGAUUCCUCAUCAAGGAUUGGGAAACUUCAAGCAAAUCUAAAGAUCAAUACUGCUGCGUUGCUACCUGGUGCUGCUCCCAGUUUGGCAGGUGCUAUAAGCGUAAUCCCAGGUAUGGGUCCUAGUUCCUCAUCUGGAGUGUCUAGCUCCAGCCUGAGCCCCAGCCCUGCCACAACUCCUGUAGGAGCUCAGACGGACGGUGAAGCAGUGAGCUUCGACACCCCAGUCCAGGUCACGACACUGCAGAGCGCACACAAGAGUCGCACCAAAGGUGCUGUUCAUCGUAGACCCCAGUCCAGAGCUGCACGACAGCACGCUGCUCAGAGGUCAGGCAAAGAUAAAGAAGAGACUGUGAGUGGAGACGUUCUGGGGCCAAACCCCAGUUUAACCCUAACCUUACCAGACAAAUCCGGCCAGUCAAGUGCAAGUCCGACUCUACCAAACUCAUCUGCAUCCACAACCUUGCCCACCUCCUCACCUUCUCAGCCUUCAGUACCUGAAGUGUCACCCAGACCGUCUGUGCUGGCAUUACCACUAUCUAAAGACACUGUGAAGAAAGACUCAAGUAAGGUCCGAACAAAGAUGUUGCCGUCUUCUGAUGAGGACGACCUUUUUGGCUCUGACAGUCUGUUUGAGGCCACCUCAGUCACCAACACGCCCUCCUCCACCAAACAAACAACCAAGAAGACACAACCUCAGGCCAGUAGUGGAGUGGAAUCGAAGGAAGACAAAGACAAGAGCACUUUUCCAUCCAUUUUUGAUGCCAACACUGAUGACCUCUUUAAAAAAGUCAAACCAAGGUCUACGACUAAGAAAGCCAAGGCCUCGCCCUUCUUGGAAGAUGAUGACGAUGAGGACGAUGACGACAUCUUUAGAGUAAGCAACAGUUCCACUCCCUCAUCCACCAGUAGUAAAGAAAUCAAGAACAGCAAAAGUUUUUUAAAACAGGACAUUUUCCAGGAUGAAGUAGCCACUGUGCCUAAAGUUCACAAGAAGCACAAAGAGAAGUACAUUGACGCCAGUUUGUUUGAUGACGAUGUGGACAUCUUUGCCGACCUGUCAGACACUUUAAAACCAAAACAGAAGUCCAAGACAAAGGGAGAGACCAAGUCAAUAUUUGACGAUGAUAUGGAUGAAAUCUUCUCACCAAGCACAGUAAAAACAGUGUCAAAGGCUCCCAAUAAAUCAAAGAAGAAGCCACUGUCACAGGAAACCAGUGCAACAGCCGAUCCAAUCAGCAUAUUUGAUGAUCCACUCAAUGCUCUUGGUGGGAACUGAACUGUUGUUUCCCAAGAAGCCACAUUUGUACACUUGUUGAAUGUGGAUAGUUUAUUUCCUGCUCAAAGACGGGAUGGCACUCUAAUGUUGGUGGCAGAAUAUUUGUCCAUAUGAAUCCCUGUAAAUUCUGUGGCUUCUUUUUGGCAGAUAACAAUGCAAAUGAAAAUGGCAGCAAAAAAAAUCAUCUUUAAUUCCUAUAAUAGUUAAUGUUGAUCUUGAUUUUACAUGAUAGCACUUUAUGAGCAUACCAUUAUGCUUAGCCUCUAAGCCUGCAGAAAUAAACAGAUUAUUGUUUUGUUUUGAAUACGUUUUCUUUUGGCUUUGCCAUGUUGAGAGUCCAUUUCUGGGUUUGUGCCAUAUCUUGGUUAUGAGAAAUCGAUGUGUUUUCUUAAUGUCGUAGGCAUUUUGACAAUGUUUUUAUUAAUAGAGAUUCAUGGAUUUCUUAACUUUGGCUGUGAUGAAAAUGAAAGUAAUUUUUAAUAACUAAAAAGGAAACAUAUUUUA